AUGGACCUAUCGACAGCGGCUGCUGUUGAAAAGAAGGGAUCCGUGCAUCAUGAUACCCAUGCACAGCCUCCGGAGUUUAUCCAAAGACAACAUUGGAAAUACCAAAGCAUGCGAAGGGCGGACCUAGAAAAUGAUACUAACGUCCAGGACCUGAGUAACUGGGAGACAUUUACGAAAGAAAAGAGAAAUAUAUGGAGAUUAGCGGGUGCAAUCCCAGGAGAGCAAGUGCAGGCCGCUUGUGAAGCAUAUGCUGGAGGAAAGCCACUUGAUACGACUGUAGAAGAUGUUCCUUUCUUCGAACAUCGAGACUUUCCAGGCCUGCAGGUUGUUCCAGCUCUUCUGCCGCCCGAAACACAGGUUUUGUUUACAUCUUGUUUGAUGCAUCGAGAUCUCGCGGACCCUGGCCAUAAGAUGAACCUUCAGGCGGAUUACGACGUUCCCUAUCCACCGAAAUCAUCAUCGCCAACCUCCCAUCGCUUUGAAAGCUCCUUCUUUCUGCGCGAGCGAGCGGCUGAAGAAGACAUACUGGCACCGAAAAUACCGGAUAAGCACAAGCAGCUAAAUACCGAGCAAGCUCUCUACACCAAACUACGUUGGCUUACGCUCGGCGAACAAUACGACUGGCCCACGCGUAGCUAUGCAAAGCAUGCCACACCUUUCCCCGCGGAUCUAUCCACCUUAGUCACUGGCCUGUUCCCACAUAUUCGACCUGAAUCAGGGGUUGUCUUAAUGUACGGAGCGAAAGACUUCAUGCCUGUACAUCGCGAUGUCAGCGAGCAGUGCCAGCGCGCCCUUGCCAGUUUUAGUGUAGGUUGUGAUGGUAUCUUCAUUAUGGCCCGAGGAGAGGAUGGAGGCGAAGGAGAUAACGCGCCGAGGACCGUCGCUAUAAGAGUCCGGAGUGGAGAUGUUGUGCAUCUGACGGGACAAGCAAGGUGGGCCUGGCAUGCAAUGGCUCGAACAAUUCCGAGUACCUGUCCUUCUUAUUUAUCCGACUGGCCUGUGGGUACACCGAACGCAACACCAGAAGAGAAGAAGAUGUACAAGAAGUGGAAGGGUUAUAUGGGGACGAAGCGGAUCAAUGUCAGUUGCCGCCAAGUUUGGGAUUGAUUCAUGUUCGAGGCUCGACAUUGAACAUGUGGGGGGCAUUAUGCAUCUUAGGGCGCCCUUCAUAGCAACGAACGGAUUUAUGUGGAUAUAAAUAUUACGGGAAAAUCAUUCUGAG